CCCUAUUACUUGCUGCUCAAGACGUAUCUGGAUUACUUCUUGCCUCGAAGCGUGGGUGGCGGCGCCGCAGACCGCACGUCAGCAGUCUCUGGGGCCGCCGCCGGCGCCUCAUCCUCUAUUGGCUCAGGGCUCAGCGGCCUGUCGUACGGCAUGGGUCUCGGGGCCGACGGCGCCGCCGCCGCCAGCACCGCGAGCUGGGCGUCGUACAAACCGACGCUGACGGCGGCGGCGGCUGGGCCUGACAGUCGCGGCGCCGUGUUGCUUUCAAUCCUUGUGGAGUUCUUGCUGACGGAUGUGGCGGAGCCGCUGCCGUCGCUGGCGGCGGAUCGCGUUAGUGGUGUCGUACAGCCGGGCUCCGCUGGCCCGGCAGCGGCGCCGGGGCUCAUGGUUGGCGGCGGUAUGGCUGGCGUGACGUCGCCUGUGGGAGCAGGGCUGAUGGGCGUCAGCAGCCCGCCGACGCCUGUCUCGGUCGCCACACCGCCGAGUGUGAGGAUGCUCACCUACCAGCCCCCAUCAGAGGAGCUGGUGGAGGGGUUGGUGACGCUGGUGCGGUACGUGCAUGUGGUGGAG